CAAAUCGCGCAGCGCAUCUUCUGCUAUGUAAAAAGGCACAGCUCGCGAUUUCCUUGCUCACAAGACACUCGCUCUGCUAAACUCUUCUUUCCUCUCUUCCUCCAACAGGUGCAUAAGUAUCACGAUGACAUUCUCGGUUUCCGCAAACUCACCUUUGGGAUGAUAGACGCUCCAACUAUUCAUCGCAUCGCCGACGCAAGAACAACUGCCAAACGCCAUGUCGUCACCUAAGCCGUCGCCUGCCGACGUAGAGAAGCCCGACACUCAGUCGCCGGUUGCGAAGCUGCCAGAGACGGACAACGCGCCCGAGAACGUGGAGAAGAAGAAGGAGGAGGCGGAUCCCGGUUCCGAUCGCGAGCCUGGUGAGGCUUCGCCAGAGCCUGAAUCUUCGGAUGCCCCCAACAAGGACGGCGACGCGCCACCUCUGCCAAAUGAGCCGACACCGGAUGGACCCCCGUUGCCAAAUGAACCUGUGCCUGGUGGUCCUCCCCUGCCGAACGAGCCUGCGCCUCAGCCCGAAGACGACGGAUGGGAUUGCCAAUGGGAUCCAAACACGCAAGCCUGGUUCUUUGCGAAUCGCUUCACCGGAAAAACGCAGUGGGAGAACCCGCGCGUCGCUACGCCAGCGGCCCCAGGUACGCAGUCGAGCGUUCCUCAGCCGCCUGUGUCUGAGAAGCCUGCCGCGGGUGGUUACAACCCCGCCAUCCACGGCGACUACGAUCCCAAUGCCUGGUAUGCGCAGGGAAACAAUGACAAUGAUGAUGCUGGACCGUCCACUGGCGCUGUGGCCGACCCAUCGGAGGUUUAUGCUUCGACAGCUUCCUUUAACCGCUUCACUGGACAGUUCCAGGCGGCCGGCAUGGGUCCCGAGCGGCAUAGCGACGAGGCCAAGUCGCGGCGUCAGAUGAACGCCUUCUUUGAUGUCGAGGCUGCCGCCAACGCCCAUGACGGCCGAAGCUUGAAGGCCGAACGGUCGGGUAAGAAGCCCUCCAAGGCCGAGCUGAAGCAGUUCAAGGAGAAGAGGCGCGCCAGAAAGGAGGAGAAACGCCGUGCUUGGCUGAGGGACUAA